GCAAUCAACAUUCUUCUUCUAAUUUCAUCUGAAGAUGCCGUUCUCUUCUGCUAUGACAAGCCUCCGAGACUCCGUAGCUUCGUUCAGUCGCUUGCUCUCCAUGAGUCCCCUGCCCUCCAUUGUCGAAAUUAAUAAGAUUUUAGGAUCACUUGCAAAGACCAAACACUGCACCACUGCUAUCUCACGUUAUGCCCAGGCGGAACUGAAAGGAUUCACACCAUCUUUAGUUACACUGAACAUUUUGAUCAAUUGCUACUGUCUUGUGGGUGACAUCCCUUCUGCUUUCUCUUCACUGGGGAAGACCUUCAAGUGGGGUUAUCGACCAAAUACUAUAACAAUGACUACGUUGAUGAAAGGACUCUGCAUGAAAGAUGUAGGGCAAGCACUCGACUUUCACGAUGACUUGUUGGCAAAAGGAUUUUGCUUAAGCCCAGUUACUUAUGGAACCUUAGUUAGUGGGCUUUGCAAAACUGGAAAAAUAAGAUGUGCUGUCAAAUUGCUCCAAAUGAUGGGGACACGGAAAAUUAAAACUCUGCCGAAUGUCGUUAUAUACAACGCAGUCAUUGAUGGCCUUUGUAAAGAAGGGCUAGUAAGUGAGGCAUCUAAGUUGUGUUCUGAAAUGAUCAGGCGAGGAAUAUCUCCGGAUAUUGUUACCUAUAACACUUUAAUCCAUGGUUUCUCCAUCACCAAUCAAUUGCAACAAGCUGUUAGGUUGUUAAAUGAAAUAGCCAUGAAAGACAUUAGUCCUGAUCUUUAUACUCUUAAUAUACUAGUUGAUGCAUUUUGCAAAAGGGGGAGGACCAUAGAAGCUCAAUCUGUCCUUGCUAAGAUGAUGAAAUGUUUUGUAAAACCUGAUGUUAUUACCUUUAGUUCUUUGAUGAAUGGUUACUGUAUGAGGAAUGAUGUUAAUGAGUCCGUAGCAGUGUUCAAUAAGAUGAUCAGAGCUGAUUUGACACCUACUGUUGUGAGUUACACCACAUUGAUCAAUGCAUAUUGUAAAUUAAAAAUGGUGGAUGAAGCCCUAGAUUUGUUUAAGGAAAUGCGCUGCAAAACUUUGCAGCCCGAUACAGUCACUUACAACUCCCUUAUUGAUGGCUUGUGCAAAGCUAAGAGAAUGUCACAUGUGAAAGAUCUCGUUUAUGAGAUGCACCGCAAUGGUCUCUCUCCUGAUAUAAUAACCUACAAUAUCUUGUUGGAUGCAUUGUGCAAAAUGAAUCAUCUUGACGAGGCAAUUACAUUAUAUCGGCAAAUUGUCGACCAAGAAAUACAGCCUACAAUAUACACUUACAGUAUACUAUUCAAUGGUUUGUGCAAAGAAGGUAGGUUCAGUUUUGCAAGAGAGAUCUUUGAAUAUCUUAUGACUAAAGGCCAUCAUUUAAAUGCCUACUCUUACAACAUUAUGAUAAAUGGACUUUGCAAAGAAAGCUUGUUCGGUGAAGCAUUAACACUAUUUUCCAGAAUGAAAGAGAAUGGUUGCCUCCCCAAUUUGGUGACAUUUACAACACUUGUUGGAGCUCUGCUGAUGAAAAAUGAGAAUGAUAAAGCAGAGAUGCUUAUUCAUGAAAUGAUAGAUAGGGGUCUUCUGAAUCAGUGAAAAAAGGGCAAAUGCUUUAUUUUUGUCUUGUACUUCUAUUAUGAUCGAAUAAUAUGCUUGUACUAAUGAUGAUACUUGCCUAUAAAGUUUUUAGAAAAUGCUUGUUUCUUCUGAUUAAAAGUUAUGAGAUUAUUCCUUGUGAUUUCUUUUAAA